AUGCCUUACCGGCACUUGUUCCGACAGCCAGAAAGCUCUCAUGACUUUCACAACCAACAUGCAUUUCAGGGUCACCAUCCCCAGCUUUCAAUCGUCGACCCUGACUCAGUAGAUUACUCCGGGUGGCAUGAGAUGGACUUUACCAGCACUCCGCUGACGACGUCAACCGUGGAUAUCGACGUCAACCAGAAAUACUCAGCAGCCAUGGACAGGGCGCAAGAUCCUCUGGCGUAUCUGCGGCAGCCCAACCAUCGCCACGGACCGACAGGUAACCUGAGCAACUCUCGGGAUUCCGGCCCACGCAGAGCCUCAGGAGAUCCGUACCACAGCAAUCAAUACUCCUUCUCACAGCUCCUCAACAUGGAGGCAAAUCUCCCGCCCAUGGAUCAGUCGAGCCUGCACAGCUCACAUGCUGACAAUGACUCUAACAUGACGAACAAUGGUAUCACGACAACGCUACCAGCCUCUGACUCUCCGCCCAUGACCAACCUGGAUCCCAUCGCAGUCUCCAUUGCAUCAAGGACAGACUCGACUGAGAAGCUCUGUCCCCUGAUCGCUGGACAAGUAGACAGCUGUCAACCCUCACGCUGUGGUCCAGAUGCACCCUGCAUGAAUUUCACCACCCUGCCACCUAUCGAAGAGUGCACGUCCGUGCCGUGUAUAACAGACGCCAACUCGCGCAACGAAACAAACUUUACACCCGACAGCAUGUCUGUCGAGGUCCACCACCGACCCAGCACAGUCACACGCACGAGUACUGCCACCACCCCACGCUCCUCAGCAACCCGCCGCUGCUCCAGCUCCACGGCAACGACGGCCGACAGCCCACCCGACGUCGUGCCCCUCCCACCCAGGAGAUCCGCCAUUACCAGCGCGGCAACAAGCAUGCGCCGCACCACCCGCGCCAGCCACAAACCCAUCUACAUCCCCACUGCCACGGCGGUGUCGUCAGACAACGACGACGAAGAAGAGGCAGAAGCCCCUCCAUCGACCACAAAGACCACGGCGCCGUCCAAAGCCGACGCCAAACAACGCGCCAAACAGGCCCACUCACUGGUCGAGCGCAAGUACCGCGAAAACCUCAACGCCAAGAUCAUGCAACUCCACUCGACGCUACAGAACUCACACUACGGCCCGCGGGUCGGCGAGGACGGCGAGCAUGAAGACAGCAUGGUUUCGAAUAAUGGUCCACCUGCCGCUAAGGUGCGCAAGAGCGAUGUCCUGACCGAGGCGAUGAACUACGUCAACCAGACCGAGGUGGAGAUGCGGCACAUGGAGAAUGAAAUCUACAGGUUAUCCGAACGGGUGAGGGUGUUGGAGAAGCUGGUCCGGUGCGAGGAUUGCAGUUUGCUGAAACAGGUGGUGAAUUUGCAAGUGCAGGCCGUGUAG